GUGUUCCCCGGGUGUGUUCUCUGUGGAAUGGGGGUUGUACUCUUAUUUGAGCAUACGUAUGGUAGUUCACGUUAUUGAGCGGCUUGGCCUUCCAUAUUAUACCGGUACCCCCAUGCGCAGCGCAGCGCUAGCUAGUAUAGUCACCGUAUACGUAGCUUAGCGUACCGCGGCUAGCUUGCAUUGGCCCAUAUUAAUUGGUUGCAUUUAUUUCAUUGCCUGGUGCAAGGCACUUUUGUCUUUUUGAUAAAGCUUUUAAAUCAAAUUGUUGUCGCGUCGAGUUGCCGUUUCUUUCGAAUCUGCAGAGUUGGUCAGUUGAGGAGAAUAAAAAAUUGCGGUUCUUAUGAGUGUUUUGCGAUAAGUUGUGUGAGAACUUUAUUAGCUUUAAGUUUAGGCUACUGUCUUCUUUUGCUGUCUACAAAAGAAGACGCGACUUUGAAUAUACGGGACUGGACUGUAACGUGCAGCCCGACACAGCCACAGGGCCAGCUCAGCUCGGGGCCGGCCGGGGUAGCUCGAUUGAGCCCCCUGUGUAGCUGUUACUGUUCAAGCCUAAGGGAAGAGUGACGCGCCGUGACUGCAUGACUUCACUGCAUCUGUCAGAAAUUUGAGUUCAAGAAUUUAAAACAAGAGGCAAGACCGUUGGAUCAGACAUGUACAAUCCUAGUCAGCAACAACAUGGACAAAUUGUUCCUGUGUCCCUUCACAAAAACCAGCAGGAAAAUCAGGAUGAAGGGCAGCAGAGGAGUCACUAUCCCCAGAUAAGUUCCCAACAGAGUCAGUCCUAUCUCUCUGUUCCAUCCAUUGGUACACCUUCUUUUGGUUCAGUUGGUAGUGUGACAUCACUUGCACCUGGUAGCAGCUUUAUUCCUCCUUCCCCGAUGGCUCCCUUAACUCCUGCUACACCAGCGAGCAGUGAAUCAUCGGGCAUUGUUCCACAACUACAGAAUAUUGUGUCAACUGUAAAUCUGAGUUGCAAGUUGGAACUCAAGAAAAUUGCACUACAUGCAAGAAAUGCAGAAUACAACCCAAAGAGAUUUGCUGCAGUGAUCAUGAGAAUACGUGAGCCAAGAACCACAGCUCUCAUCUUUAGUUCAGGAAAGAUGGUUUGUACAGGUGCUAAGAGUGAAGAUGACUCUAGAUUGGCUGCCAGGAAAUAUGCAAGAGUUGUACAGAAGUUGGGAUUCGCUGCAAAGUUCUUGGAUUUCAAAAUCCAGAACAUGGUUGGUAGUUGUGAUGUUAAGUUUCCAAUUCGUCUGGAAGGAUUGGUACUAACACAUGGACAGUUCUCAAGCUAUGAACCAGAGCUAUUUCCAGGUCUGAUUUACAGAAUGGUGAAACCGCGCAUUGUACUCCUCAUCUUUGUUUCUGGAAAAGUGGUUUUAACAGGUGCCAAAGUGAGGCAGGAGAUCUAUGAUGCCUUCAAUAACAUCUACCCUAUUCUGAAAUCCUUCAAAAAGACUACUUAGCACAUGGUUUGGUCGUAUAACGAAUGAAAGAGACUCUAAUGAAAUGGUGAUCCUGGUAUAUUUUACCACCUCUGUUGAUUUGCGAUAACAGUAUGUUAUACAAUAUGUUUGAGGUGCAUUAUCAUUUCCAGAGACCAAUGAGGAUUACAUUACAUGUAAAGAGAGGGACUAUGCUUGCUUCUGGAUCAUUGAUUCAAUAUCAGUUUCUACAAUCAAGUUCAGCUGCCAGCUCAUUACGGAUGGUGCAUAACUCAUAACUGGAGUUCAAAAGGAAUAUGCGUCUCCUUUUUUGUCUCCCCUUCCUAGCAGAGAGAGACUAUAGGCGCCACUUUUGCGGCGUCAACAUCAAAUCUUAACCUAAGGUUAAUCAAUAUCCAAAUCUUAGCCUAAGGUUAAGUUUUUAAAAUGUCAUAACUUAGAAAGUAUAUGGAUCUAGUUCAUGAAACUUACACAUAAAUGUAAUGAAGCAUUAUCAUGAGGAAUCCUGCCCGAGCUUCAGGUCAUAUGACCAAGGUCAUUUAGGGUCAAUGAAAUUUGGCCAUCUUGGGGGUAUUUGUUGAUUUAAUAUUGUAACAUGGAAAUUUUAUGGAUCUAGUUCAUAAAACUUGGACAUAAGUGUAAUCAAGUAUCACUGAGCAUCCUGUUGCAAGUUUCAGGUCACAUUAACAAGGUCAAAGGUCAUUUAAGGUCGAUGAACUUUGGCCAUCUUGUAAGUAAUUGUUGAAUUGCCAUCAUAACUUUGAAAGUUUUAGAUAUAUGUAAUAAAAUGUGGACAAAGGGGUAAUCCAGUAUCAUUGCUCAUCUUGCACAAGUGGUAGGUCACUUGAUCAAGGACAAAUGUCAUGUAGGGUCAAUGAACGUAGUAGCAUAUUAUAUGAAUGGUGUUUUUUUUAAAUAAUUAUUUCAUAGUCAUUUUCAAAAUCAGCACUGCUGCUAUAUUGAAUUGCAUAAUGCAGGCGAGACUGCCAGAGGCGCUCCACUUGUUUUUUUUUAUUGCAGUACACUAGCUUAGCAAAAUUUGAGAGAACAUUUCCAGAGUAAAAUUUGUGGCUGUAUACUAUCAAUGCUACAUUGCCAUUCACAAUACAGUGAAACUUGUGUAUGUUUUUGUUCAUUUUAAAGCAAGUUUGUAUUAUUAUUUUUCUUCUGAUAUUUGUUUUGGAAGAGGGCAUGAGAGAAUAUGUGGGUUUUGAGGUUUCUGAACAGACAUUUCUGUCCCAUUGAUGUGGCACUAAGGCGUAUGGGCAACAAUAAAUAUUCAAGGUGAGAAUUUCAAUUUUGACUUACAGUGUAGAUUGUAGUCUGAAAAUCUAAAAUAAGUAUGCUAUAUCCACAAAUCCAACCCAGAUUUUUGCAAUCCAGCAGGCAGGAUCGAUUACGGCCACUACACGAGCAACUGAAGCCAAGUCCUAUUCUAAUGUAUUAGACUAUAUUACUAUAUUAGACCAGAAUUAUUUGUUUCGGUAUGGAGCUAUGUAUAUUCAGACGGGUCUUGACUUGAGAACUAUCAAAUAAUUUUUAUCCAUUUGAGCUGAGCUAUUUCAAUAAAAACAUAUGCGAGUGGUUAAAAUUAAAUGCCUGUAAUCAUUUUCUAUUUUCUAACCAUAGAAUUAUGGUGUUCUUUAUUUAAACGGGUAAGAUGAGUUUAAAAAUAGAAAAUGUGAAUAAUGCAACCUAAUUUCAGAUAUGAUUUUCAGUCCUUUGCUUACAAAUAAGGCCCAGUGUACAGGAAUUUAGAUAUUUGCAUAGAUGUAGAAAGUAAGCGAUUUAUGACGUUAUUUUGCUUUUCUUCUUCAUGAAAUCUUUUUUACAUCUAUUGAUUUCAUUUUUGUUGUAAUGCAAAGCAAUUUAUUUUCCUUAAAAGCCAUGUCCACCCCAAUAGGAAGGUGCAGCUAUAGCAUUUAAAAUUAGCUCAGUUUCACAAAACAUGACAUAAUGUGUACAGGUAACUCUGCCUAAGUCAAAUAUUUUGAGACCACAGAAAUAUGUUUGACUUUGGAGAAAUAUACCUCAGAAGAGGUAUAUUAUAACACAUGUUUUGAAUAAUCUGUUCUAAAAUAUUUUUAUUCAAGUUUGCAAUUAUUAGAUAUAAAGAAGGUCAUCUUAGAGAGUUACCUGUAUUUUAAUUUUAUUAAAUAUCAAACAUUACAAUAUUUGUAGUUAUUGAUUUUUUUUUAUUGGAGGGAUGGGGGCAUUGUAGUAUUCAAAGUCUGAAAUUUAUUCAAGUGUUAGUGUGUAUGUUCUAUGUGAGCCCAUGUUAUUUUCAAAUUUGAUUUCUACAAAAGAAUUUUGGAACACAAUUGCUGCAUGUAGCUUUUUGAUACACUGUAUCCUUGAAGAGUAAUCCCUUUCAGCAGCUUCAAAGCUAUCCCGAGAGUAUAAACUAUAAUGAAAUUUGUAAGUGUUUAAAGGGCCCUCAAUAUGAAGAAAAGAUUACCAGUACACUUCAGAAGUCAUAAUCCUUCAAAUGGUCAAAUUCAAAUAUUCACAUAGAGUGAGUGGAUGAAACUUAGUGACUUGACUUUUAUCACAUUGGAAUAUUGGAAUGGCAGUACCAAUAUGAAAUUGCAUUGUUUUUCCAAAGCUUUUUCUGUACAUUAAUUUUGAAUAGCCAUGUAAUGUAGGUUAGGAGUGUAUAAGCCUUCUAUUGAAAAGUAAGGGUCUUUCUCAAUCUCAGCAUAGUUACUGCUAUGGAACCCACUCUAUGUGAUAUUUUGUAAUGUGUUGAUGUAAAUUGUAUAAAUGUAAAUAAAAACAUGAAAGUAUUAAUAAA